UUAAAAAUGAGCCAGAGGCAAUAUAUGUAUGGGAAAUGUGGUCUCAGUGCUCCCUGCGAUCGUAUUCUGUUGUGUAGCUUAGCUUACCUUGACGUAAUUACUUUGGGUGAACUGGUAUGGAGCAGAUCUGAAGGUGUAACACUAUAACAGCCCUUCUCUGGUUCAGUUGCAUUAGCAGUGCUUGUCCUUCUUAUCAUCAGGAUGGUUUAUUAGAUUUGCAUGGCAAGGUUUCGAUAGAGAGGAGGCUGUAGGAGUGGCUUUUGUGAGAAGCUGCCAGAGGCUUCCCCUGUAUCCAACAGAGCCACUGCCAGUCGGCUCCAGGAUGGACCUACCUCUGAGCCUGCCAGUGAUGGUGGCAGCACCUCUGGGAUAAUGUGUUUAAGAAGGAGAAAAACUGCUGCAUAACAGCAGGCCAAGGAGAGAAGUGAGAAUAUGCACCAAGGUACAGAAGGAGGGGAAGAGGUGCUCCGGGUGCUGGAGCAGAGAUUCCCCUUGCAGCCCAUGGUGAAGACCAUGGUAAAGUAGGUUGUGUGUCUUGCAGCCCAUAGAGGUCCGUGAUGAAACAGGUAUCCACCUGCAGUCAAUAGAGUAGCCCAUGCUGGAGCAGUUGGACACCCAAAGGAGGCUGAGACCUCGUGGAGAGGAGCCCUCACUGGAGCAAGCUCAUGGCAGGUUUUGUGAUUCCAUGGAGACAGAAGCCCACACUGGAGCAGGUUUUCUGGCAAGACUAGGGACCCCUUGGGGGACCCAUGCUGGGGCAGUUUGUUCCUGAAGGACAGUGCCCUGUGGAAGGGACCUACAUAAACUGCUUCAGCAGCUUAUGAAGAACUGCAGACCUGUGGGAGGGAUCCCAUGCUGGAUCUGGGGAAGAGUGCGACUAUCACCUUAUUUCCUGACACCCCAUUCCAUUCAGGGCAAAGAAGUAGAGAAGUUAGUGAGUGAAGUUGACCCAGGAGGAAGGGAGGGGUAGGGGUAAUGUGUUUCUAGAUUUGUUCUUAUUUCUUAUCAUUCUACUCAGACUUCAUUUGUUAAAAUUAAUUUCCUUGACUUGAGUCUGUUUUGCCUAUGAUGGUAAUUUCUGAGGGAUAUUCCUGUCCUUUUCACCACACACAAGCCUUUCAUCAUAGUUUUUCCCCUUUUCCAGUUGAGAAGGGAAGGUGAUAGAGCAGCUUGGUAGACACCUUGCAGUAAACCAAGCUCAACUCUCGACAGGUACUUAUCAUUCACAUUGAUUAUGUUGGGAAAACAAGCCAGGCUUCCUUUCCCUUUCCAAUACCUUGUAUUUUCUUUCUUUAUCCUGUGUGCAUGUGUUCGGUGACUUCUUUGGGGUGGAUGUUUUUUGCCUGCGUGGUUGAUGGUGUAUCAUAUCCUUGAGUCAGAUGGGACCCGCAAUCAUUAAGGUUGGAAAAGACCUCCAAGAUCAUCAAGUCCAACUUUUGACCAAACACCACUAUGUCAACUAAACAGUAGCCCAAAGUGCCACACCCAGUCAUUUCUUCAGGGAUGGUGACUCCACCACUUCCAUCCUUGUAGGUUUUCAAGACUUCUCUGGAUUUGGCAUAGAGCAAGAUGAUCUAAUCAGACCAUUUUUGAUGAGAGGAUUAGACUAGAAGAUCUCUGGAGAUCUUUGUUCCUAAACUGUCUGAUUCAGUGAUUCUUAUUAGGAAUAAUAAGCACGGUAAUGGAUUUACCAAGGAAAAAUUAUUCCUGACCAACCUGAUUGCCUUUAAUAAAUGAUAAUUGGAUUUGCAGGCAAAGGUAGGUGUCAUUUACCUCCAUUUGAACAAGACUUUCAACACUGUCUUUCACCCUGUUCGUGUGUCAAAGAUAGGAUAUAUGUCUGCCCUAGGCAUGGACAAGAGGAACAGGGUGAUGGGACCCUCAGGAAUUUCAACAAUGACAGAUACUGUGUCUUGGCCCAGCCCUUACAGUAUGGACUGGGGAUGGGCUGUGUGAGGAGCAAUUCUGCAGAGAUGGCCAUGGGCCCUGGCAGGCCCUGUGUGCCCCAGGCUGUUGCCCCAGAGCUCUGUUAGGGUGGGGUGAAGGUAUGUUUACAGUAAACUGAAAUAUCUGAAUAUUUUCUGUGGCCAUCAGUUUCACUGGUGUGCAACAGAGUCCUGAUUUCUCUUCAGUUUAAAUUCUUGUGUGCUUAUGGGUACCUGCAUAUUCUAACUCACAGAGAAAGUUUUCAUGUCAACUGUUCCAGCCCCUAACUACAAUUACCAUUUGCAGUCUCCCAGGGUGAAAUUUAGUGUCAUAUGACAGAGCCAAAAUGCUGGAUGACAUCAAGAAGCGAUUUGAAUUUCCUAAUGCAGUUGUUCAGUCACAGGCGGUAGGGCAUUUGAUUGCUGCAAUACUGAAAGAAAAAGUUUCUUCGGAGAAGAUCAGACAGGCUUCUGCCCAGACCCCUGCUCUGAACCUGCUUUGGGAGAAGUGUUGCAGUGAGAAUGUUGCCUUGCGAACAGCCUGCUCUGAGGGGUUGGUGGCGCUUGUUGCAGAGAAACAUGCUGAGCUCGACUACAUUCUUCAUGGGGCUCUCAACCUAAUUCCCUCAGCAAGGAAUGUGCAUGGUUUAGUAAAAACUAUUUGCAAGUUACUACAAAUUCAAGCUAUUCAACUGGGAAAAGAUGGAGAUGAGUCUGUUUGGAAUCUGUAUGGAAUCAGGAGCAUUCCCCAUCCGUUAAUCACUGUCCUUGAAAACAGAUCUGACUGCUGGCCAAUUCUACUACAGCAGAUAACAUUAUUUUUCCAUCAGUGUCCAGAGAGGGCAGAGAGUUCAUGUGUUGGCAUAAUGGCUCCAUUUCUAAGAUACCUGUAUUGUGAACCAUCUCAGUUACGGGAAUAUGCUGAACUGCGAACGGGUUUACUUAAGAUCUUACUUCAGCCUCGUGGGCUAAAGCAUGAAGACACACCUUCCAUGCUGGAAUGUGAGAUUCUUCAGCUUCUGUGUGAUUUGAUUCCACACCUUCAGCUUAAAGACUUACUGCAAGUUACAGAAGCCUUGUUUUAUCUGCAAGAGCUAUUCCUCAGCCUACUACGCUAUCCUGUGUUUUGGAAAGUUCAGUUAUCUGAGUUUUGUGUGCAAUUGUUAUGCUUCUGUGAAGUGUGUUUAGAUGUGACCGGAGAAUGCUCAUCUUUGGUCUCCUUAAUAGAGGACAACUUUGAGCUCUUAAAAGAGGUAUUUCCAGUCAACCAGUGUAUAAUUGGGCUAGCGCUUCUACUGCUGCAAACACCAGAAAGUCAGCAAAAGCCUGUCUUGAGUCUAGCCUACAAGCUCCUUUCAUGUUCAGAAACCAAGAAUAUCUCAACCACAGCCCUGACUUUGGUGAUGCCCGUGCUACAGAUCUUAUCUUCUACAACAGUUGGAGACUGCCUUUUAGGGGAUGAUUCUGGAACUACCAGGCAGCAGCUGGCUGUAAAUCUUUUGGGAAUAUUACAGGAGGAAGGUCUGAAGGAUAAACAGGAAAUGGUGUCCUGCAAACUCCUUUUUCCUAUAACCAGCUCUUACAGUUCAUUGUACACAACCUGGAAGAUCAUAGAGCUCCUGAAAGAGAAGUCCGCAGUUACUAAAUGGUUAUCUUCAGUGAAAUCACUGCUAUCUGUUAGCACUCCAGUCCCUGCCCAUGUUUUUCUUUUGUUGGCUUAUCUACUGAUCCAAGAAAAUGGAGACACUCUUCGUGUUGUGCUUCAGACUACUACAGAAAUAGCCAAGGUUGAUUGUUCUCAGGUUCCAAAUCUUAUCCCAGUUCUGGUAUUUAAAUUGGGAAGACCUUUGGAGCCUGCACUUUACAGGGAUAUAUUGUAUACAUUGCCUACACUUGGUGUACACAAGGUUUGUGUAGCUCAGAUUCUACGUGCCAUACACAUGCUGGGGAGCGCACCAAAGCUCAGAGCAAUUGCUUCACGGCUGAUGACGUCACUGUGGGAAAGACAGGACCGAAUUUACCCAGAGUUGCAGAAGUUCUUGGCGACGUCUGACAUGCCAUCUGUGUCUGUUGACAAAGAUGCUCAGUGGGAAAAGCUGAUUGCUAAAGCCGCUUGUAUAAGAGAUAUAUGUAGGCAGAGACCAUACCAGCAUGGAGCAGACAUGUUGGCUGCAAUUUCCCAGGUAUUAAAUGAAUGCACAAAACCUGAUCAAGCUUCACCGGCUGCCAUAGUACUACAGGGUCUCCAGGCACUUUGUGAGGCUGAGGUUGUUUGCAUCCGUUCUACAUGGAGUGCGCUGUCGCCAAAGCUGAGUUGUGAUACAAGACCCCUCAUUUUAAAAGCUCUGAAUGAAUUGUUUGCUCUGGUUCCCUCAUUAACAGUGAAUACAAAUGAAUUUGAGAAAUUCAAAACCCAAGUUAUCAGCUUCCUCUGGAACAACACACAGAACAAGGAUGCUCUGGUAGCCAUUUCAGCCUAUAAAUCACUGUCAUCAUUUGGCUCUGAAGAACAUACAAUUCUUCAUCUUCCUGAACAGGCACGACCAGAAGGUUACUUGCUGAAGGAAACAGACAUGAAUGAAGAUGAAGAGGAGCAGGAGGCAAAUCUUUUUGUUCCAGGUUCUUCAUAUAUCAAGCUGUUGUCUCUAACACCAGCUUCUGUUUUAGGAGCAUUUGAAGAGUUUGCAACAUCACUGGUGAAACAGGAGAUGACCAACAUGCCCCGUGGUGUGUAUCAUUCUGCCUUGAGAGGAGGGACAACAUGCUCAGACCAGGGGAAGACAGUGGCAGGUGUUCCAAACUUCUUGCUGAAAAUGUAUGAGAGGAACAGGCAACCAGGCAUGACACCAGGCCUUGCAGCUGGCAUGUUGCUGUGUUAUGACCUUCCAGUCCAUAUGGGCAAAGAUGGCAAGCCUAUUAAUAGAUUUCUGGCUAGCAGAGGGCGCAGUUUCCAGCAAAUGUUGGUCGCCCUCAUUCAUGAGGUUAACAUUCAACCUUCUGAAUGGCACUGCUCCAUACUGCUGCCACAGGCCUGGUUAGGAUUUAUGAGUCGAACCUACAGUGCAGUCCUGCAGGGGAGGCAGGCAGAGCUGGAGAUGCAGUUAAAACAUGGAAAAGAGGAUCCUGAAGAGGUGCAGUACAAACAAUUUACAGCCUGGCUGUGGGUCAGAGAUAUGUUGACCAAUGUCAUCAAAGGUGCUUCCAAAGACAGUCCAGUGGUGAAAGGAAACUCUAUUUUUGCCUUAACUAGUCUUGCAGUCGCUGUAGCUAAAUAUGAAAGCAGCCUUUCCUCGGACACUGAAGGGGUGCCUGAGACUGAACCGGAUUUUAUUCCCAUGAAACACUGGAUUUCUAUGGUCACAGAGACCCUCUUGAGUAUUGUGAAUAGUCGCUACCAGCCUAAAGGUCAAGUCUUCCCAUGGUUCUACCAGAAAUCCUAUUCAGGUGAAAAUACUGCUAGUAUUAUAGCUCGUUCCUGUGCAGCCACAGCUUUGUCUCUCCUGGUGCCAGUUUUUAUCAUAUCAUGCAAGGAGAAGGUUGAGGAGAUCCUGAAUAUGUUGACUGACAGGUUACCUGGGAAACCAAAUGCUGAUGAGUCUCAAGCUGUUCAAAUCCACAUGGGUCUUGGUUUGGGGAUGUUUAUCUCACGUUUGUAUGAUGAAAAAGUCAGUGAUAUACCUGGUCAACAGAUGAACUUGGUUCUGAUGAAGUCCCUGGAUAUGCUGGAGGACUGCUGCUUUGACACCAAUCUGGAGUACACCACUGGAUGUAUUUUAGGAGUAGGACUUGUUCUUUCGUUCAUGAGCCACAGUAGCCAAACAGAAUCGCGAGUGCAUGUUUCCGCUUCAUUGCGAAAACUCUGCAAAUACCUGGACAGCAGUGAGGACCAAAGCAGAUGGGUCCAGGAGGUGCUUGCAUAUUCAGUGGCCUGUUCCUGUGUCUCUGCUUUCAGUGUUGGAAUCAUAGAAGCAGCUGAGGCUGAGGAGGCCAUGAACAAGCUACGGACCUUAGCAGAAAAUAACCAGCAGAUCUACAGUUUUGCUUUAGCUUUAGGUGCAGUAGUACAUGGAUUGUCAUCUUGUGGUCAUGGGAAAGCUGAAGACCUGAGUAACAGACUGAUACCAGCCUGGAUAAAAAUUGUGCUUGCUGAGGGUUCUCCAACAAUGGAGCGUCUGGCUGCCGUCAGUGGGCUGGUUGCACUGGUGGGUUCUGAAGGAGGCAUGAUACAGCUGAAAUCUGAGAGCGUGCAGUCCUCACAGUUUCAAAGUAAGCUGAAUGAAGUCAUCAGAGCCCUUACACAGAUAAUCAGUUUCUCAGGACAAGUUGGCCUUCAGACAAAUGCAGCAAGACUUCUGGGAUGCCUUCACAUGUCCUGUUUGUCUUCUACCCGGAACAGGGCAUCCGUUCCUCCAGAUUUUAGCUACUUACCUGUAAACAGCUUUAUCAGGGCAGCCAUUGACUUUGCCAUUGAAAGUGGAAAGAAAGGUCCUGAAGCUGUCCCAGCUGAGCUGGUGAAAGCAGCAUUGGCACCCAUUGCAUUAAUUGGAGAAAGCCAUCAGUAUCCACCUGUAAACUGGGCAUCAGUUCUUUCUCCUUUGAUGAGGCUAAACUUUGGUGAUGAGGUAAAACAUCUCUGCCUUCAACUGGCUGUGACACAGGCCCAGUCAUCUAAAAAUGCAGCAAUGCUUUUGGGCAUGUGGGUGGCACCUCCUCUUGUCUACAGUCUCAGUAUGAAAACUCAGAAGUACCUUUUCAUGUCGCUGUCCCUGUGGAUGCAACACGUUGCGGAAGACAAACUGCAGUCUUUUACAGAAGUGCUUCUGAUACAACAAUUUGAAGUGAAGAACCGCACAAAACCCCCAGAAAUUUGCCAGUGUGUUCUACAUGGGCUUAUCCAGGCAAUGAAACUUCCCAACCCUGCCCAGUUUUGCUGGAGCUUUCUGUGCCAGGCGGUGGAGAAAAUAUAUGAGCUUCUUCCAAAUGAGGUUCAGAGAGAUGAACUGGAGAUGUAUAUUGAUGUAGCAAAAUGUAUCUCAGAAAUGGCUGAUUCAGAGGUUGAUCGCAUUGUCCAGAUCUCAAAGAACAAUAUAGAGAAGGCCACAUUCGUGAAAGUGUAUUUGGUUUCCCAAGGCAGACUGUCUCUGGUGAACUUGAAUGCUGUGAUUGAUACUGUGGCAGGAUAUCACCAGAAAGAAAAUAUUUUAUGGAUGUUCUUGUAUAGUUUUUAUCAUGCUCGUAUUAUGAGACAUGAAAACACAGGAGUUAUGAAAAGAAUGGACUGGCUGCUAGACCUGAUGGGCUGCAUCAGCAAUGUAGCAUACAAGUCAAUACUCUUACAAAAUGUCAAUCUUAAAGAGUGCAUAGAUUUUCUCCUGUGGCUGUUUGCGGCUUCUGUGGUGGCCUGGGCUGACCAUGGUGCACCAUUACUGCUUGGCCUCAGUGCUGACUGGUCACCAUGGAAGCACCACACGAUAUUACCGCAGUUAUCUGAGGAUCACAUUGGCAAGCACCCAACUGACAAGUUUGCUGUGCAAGAAACUCUCACUCUCCUUCCAAGCAGCAUUUCCCUUUUGCUGGCUAAAGAGCCUUGGAAAGAGCAAACCCAGAAGUUUAUUGACUGGCUGAUCAAUAUGAUGGAAAGUCCUAAGGAAGCAUUAUCAAAGUCUUCCAUGGACCUGCUGAAAGUUACACUUCUGGCCUUGAGAUCUCUUGCAGAGUUCAAGAAGAAAGCAGUAUGGACUAAAGCUUAUGGGUGGUAAGAUACAGUGCACACUGCAUCUUAUCCAAUGAAGAAAACUGUUCAUACUUGAAAACAUAAUAUUAUGACUCAGGUAUCAAUAAACCAAAUUCCAAAGACGUUUCCUAUCAGAGGGUUUUGAAUUGUUUUAUUUUACCCUUUUGCCUCCUUAUAAAGACUCCUAAGAUGAAAACAAAUAUUUUGGUUUUAACUGAUGGGUUGGUGUUCUUCUUCAAACAUGCUGAAUAUAAAUGAGAAAGACAUAUUCAGUUGAGUUUCAAUUGAGUUGAGUGACACCUGUGAACCUUGCAAGCUGGAGUGGAAUAUUCCUUUAGUUCAUGGAAGCUAUGUAGGAAUAGAUGGAAAUAAAACAAACUUGUGAAAUUUG